CGCGACGACCGACCCGUGGAGCUUUCUGACCAUGGACUGUACGUUUCGGACAUUUACUGGUGCACUACCGUGAAGCCGCCAGUGGAGGUCGCAAGAGUGCGGCUAAUGAGACAAUCGCCCUCAGAAUGGCCAGAUUCACCCAGACGGAGGCGAGACGGCAGCAUCAGCCGCAUCAGCCCAACCUGGUUUUCACCGGACCGGGGGCAGUGCCGAACCAGCCGCCCCUACUCCUGAUCCAGCACCAGCACCCCUACGCCCACAUCACAUUCCCGAAACCCAUGAACGGGUCAGAACCGGUCUCCAUACAUCCGGCGGACAGCGGCAACAUGAAAGACCAGGAUGCCAUUAAACUGUUCAUCGGGCAAAUACCGCGGAACCUUGAGGAAAAAGACCUGAAGCCUCUCUUUGAACAGUUUGGGAAAAUCCACGAAUUGACAGUUCUGAAGGACCGUUACACUGGGAUGCACAAAGGGUGCGCGUUCCUGACAUACUGCGCCCGUGAGUCUGCCAUCAAAGCACAAAGUGCCCUGCACGAGCAGAAGACCCUGCCAGGGAUGACACGGCCCAUCCAGGUGAAACCGGCAGACAGCGAAAGUCGUGGAGAAGACAGGAAGCUGUUUGUGGGGAUGCUGAACAAACAGCAGACAGAGGAGGAUGUGUACCGUCUCUUUGAGCCCUACGGAGUCAUCGAGGAGUGCACCGUCCUCAGAGGCCCUGACGGAAACAGCAAAGGCUGUGCUUUUGUAAAGUUCUCCACGCACGGUGAAGCCCAAUCUGCAAUCAGCCAUCUCCAUGGAAACCAAACCAUGCCAGGCUCCUCCUCCCUGGUGGUGAAGUUUGCCGACACGGAUAAGGAGCGCACCAUGCGCCGCAUGCAGCAGAUGGUGGGCCAGCUCGGCAUCUUCAACCCCACCGUGGCGCUGCCCUUUGGGUCUUACAGCACCUACGCACACACGCUGAUGCAGCAGCAGGCUGCCGUCAUGGCGUCCCACAGCGGGUACCUGACCCCCAGCGUGGCCUUCCCCACCGCUCAGAUCCACCAGGUGGGGGCGCUCAACCUCAACGGGCUGUCCUCCGCCUCCGUCACCCCCGUCUCUGGCCUCACCUCUCCGCCGGCCAGCAUCUCCUCCGCGGUCCCCAGCCUCGUCACGCCCAUCGUAAACGGCUUCGCGGGAAUCCCGCACCAGCCCAACGGUCACCCGCCGCACGCCGUGGAGGCGCUGUACACCAGCGGCCCGCACCCCUACCCCGCCCAGAGCCCCACCGCCGCCGACACCCUGCAGCAGGCCUUCACCGGCAUCCAGCAGUACACGGCCAUUUACCCGGGCCCCACGCUGACCCCUGUUGGCCAGACGAUGGCACAGCCCGCUCAGGUCAUCCAGCAGCCGCAGCAGAGGGAAGGGCCGGAGGGCUGUAAUCUCUUCAUCUACCACCUGCCGCAGGAGUUUGGGGACAGUGAGCUCAUGCACAUGUUCCUGCCCUUCGGCAGCGUCAUCUCCUCCAAGGUCUUCAUGGACCGGGCCACCAAUCAGAGCAAGUGCUUCGGCUUUGUGAGCUUCGAUAACCCCGCCAGCGCCCAGGCCGCCAUCCAGGCCAUGAACGGCUUCCAGAUCGGCAUGAAGCGUUUGAAAGUGCAGUUAAAACGGCCCAAGGAUGCCAGCCGGCCCUACUGACGGAGUCAGAGUCCGCAGGGACGGCACAGGUCCCAGAGGAAAACAGUGAUAUCUGUACGGAGUUAAAACCUUUUUUCUUAAAAAAAAAAAAAAAAAAUGUUGGAAACAAAAACUGAACAAAAAAUAAGUAAGUGCAUCGGAGACGGAUUGUCUGAACACAUAUCAGCGUUAUUUUAUGAAGACUGAAUGGAGUCUGGGACUGGAACUGGCAACACCCACAACAGCGAUGGCAAAGCAAGAACGUCAACAGACACAAGGGUUCGACUGAAAAAAACAAAAAAAAACUUUGAACAAUGCAGCUUUUUUCUCAUGGAGACUUGAACUGUUAACGAAGCAACAAACAAACAGAACAAAGCAGCAACAAAUAUAUUUAUAUAUAUUUACACACACCGCACACACACAUGUACAAUAUAGAAAUUAUUAUAUAUAAAUAUCCACACUUCUAUCCAAGAGGCGCUUGUGGCUUUGUACCAAACUGGGGAAAUGAGGGUUAAAGCUGGAAGAUGAAGGGAUUACGGCGUGGAAAAAGAAAAAAGAGCUUUUCUGUCCUGCCACCGGACUUCCGGUCCCUCCCCCCUCUCCACUCCUCCGCAAGAACAACCACUUUUCCCAGACGGAGGUUUCCACGGCGACGCAACAAACUCUCCCUCUCCCCCUCUCCCUCACUCCCUCUCCCUCACUCUCUCACCAUCCCUCCCUCUCUCUCUCUCUCUCCCUCACUCUCUCUCCCUCUCUCCCUCACUCUCUCUCCCUCUCACCCCCCUUUAGGGACCAAAGGACCAAACAUUUUUAUUCUUGUCAACAUUUCUGUAUUAUAUAAAUAUUAAUAGCGAUAUUACUACUGCAACCAACUGACAAACAUUCUCACAAAAAAAAAAAAAGAAAAUUGGAAAAAAGAAAGGAAGGCAAGUGUCAGUGUGGAGGAGAGACAGGUUUUGUUUUUAAUUUCAGUUUUCUGAGUUCUACCGCCUGUUUUCAGAGUUCUACGGGCAGUUGU